AUGGCAGAGCCCAACUCACAUUUGCCGCGACGUUCCUCUUCUCUGGCGUCUUCUGGGUCGACCAGGAGCCAAAGGACGAGAACAUUACGCUCUCAAGCGCAGAAGCGAAACUCGACUUCCUCGAACAAAACCACCGAUCUCACAUCCUUCCCUUCGCUUUCCCCACCCGACCGCACCCCCACUUUGACUCGAGGCCUGACAAACACGUUGAUGACGAGUAACAAUGGAGAUUCAAUAAAUGAGACUGAACGUGGUCGACGGGCCACUUUAGCAAGGCUGACUACCGGCAUGUCUCACACGUCAGGUCGUGCGGCUCUUUUCGAUGAUUCCGUUCCAAAACACGAUAUUCCAGGCGCGCUUCAUUUGGCAGAUGAUGCGCCUAUUGAGCGAUUAAUCGCAAAUACGGGGGCAGUGAAAAUAGUCCGGCAAUUUGCUCGCGACCUGGCCCAGCGAGAUGCUGAGAUUUCAGCUCUGAGACAGCGUGCUGAUACUCGGGAGCGAGAGCUUAAACGCAUGCUCCGAGAAGUUUCGGUGUCCAAUCAGGAUAUUGAGCGUCGUCUGUAUCAAAUGGAGAACUCGUCCGAUAGUCGUAACUCGGACGAGGAUAGCACCCACUCGGUCGACCAAACCUCGCAGCAGUCAUCUGGGCUAAAUGGCCUCAUGUCGCAGGCUAUGAUGGAUACAGUGGGUGUUCAGCUUGAUGGUGAAUCAGGACUGGCUUCCGAACACCAGGCUACUAUUCGCGCACAACGCCCCGGGGAUCAAGGCCUAAGCUCUGAAUCUGAUAUCCGUCGAAAACGGCAAGGUUCCAUUCGUGGCUGGCAGGAGUAUCUGUUUGGUUCGACCAAUCCGAGCAGAAAGACAAGCAGCGCAAGUAGCAUGAUGAGCGAUAUGCAAGAGACUGCAGAUGAGGACCCUGAACGCGUUAAAAUACCAAGCAAUCCCUCUGUCCGCCGCAAGGCUCUUGAUGACCAGCUUUUUCAGCCUCCGACCGGCGACAUGUCGGCAAAGCGUGUUGCUACUACGCCCAUCAACGGUGAUACCUCUAGCAUUCAUUCCCGCAAGUCUUCGCGGUCGCUCGGUUCAUGGACUGUCAAAUUGUUUGCUGGCAAUUCACAAGGGAAGGACACCAGUGACUCUGAAAGUAAUCGUACCAAGCCUUCAUCAGAGCCGAACACCCAAUCUGGGAACCACAAAAAUGGAAUGAGUGCAGUUGCCGCACUGAAGAGGAUCAACAGCAAUACUAGUAUUCCGCAUCCCAGAUCUGCCGCUGGAGCGACUGCCGUCUCUAAAACGAACCCUCCAACUACCCGAAGAAGCGCGACGGGGAGUGUGUCACAAGGUGCAACAUCCGACGGCGCUGAGCGAACCUCGACUAAUCUUGGUCCGGUUGAAAUGGACGCUAUUUUACCCGUGGAAUCUAGACCUCCAACACUGGCACCCAUCUACAAUAACACCCUUGCCGGCGAAUUUCUCACAGACAGAUUCGGAUUUAUCUAUGAUCAGCGGCGAAAGAGACGGCAGAGAGAAGCGACCACCGACAAACCCACUCAACCGCGUUUAAGCAUUGCUGAGACACUUGGUAACCUUCGCAGUGAUUCAUCAGAUGUUGACGACGACGCAAUCAGCCAACGGCCCGAGUCAAUUCACUCCCUGGCCUCUCCACCUGGUUCGCCUGAUGACCCUGAAAGCGGAGUAGUCGGAUUGCGUCGAUGGCAGGACUACCUGCGGAUACCAUCUCGCCCUACAGAAUUGCUCUCUCAUACUCCUUCAACUGCCCCACUCGUUUCCUUAACCACUUCAACGGAGACCCGCCCACAUAGCUCGUCAGUUUCAACAGACAAGGGGCUGUCAGUCAAUCCAAGCGCCCCGCCAUCCGCAACCACAUCAGCGGUCACUGCUGAUCGCCCCGAAUUUGCUGGAAUAGUUUCAGGCGCAUCUGCUACGACCUCUUUAAAUAAGCCUGGCGCUGCUGAGGCCGAGCCUGUCAAGUUGUUACUGGAGCAGCUUACGGACCUCCAUGAUACACUGCAACGAGAUCGCACUGUUCGAUGGAAUGAAUUUCUCCGCAAAGUCAGGGCAGAACGCCGGAAGGAAGGAGAAGCUGCGGCAGCCACAUCUGACCGAACAGUCACUGCAGUUGACACGCCGGAGGCGUCUCUCACAGAUGGAGAAGUUGUUGGGAUUGCCGGCCUGGGAAACAAGGGAAAAGUUGGUCGCGCUAAGUGGCGUGAGUUCCGGACCCUUGUCCUUGGUGGCAUUCCCGUGGCCCUACGUGCCAAGGUCUGGUCUGAGUGUAGCGGGGCCUCGGCCAUGCGCGUUCCAGGUUAUUAUGAUGACCUAGUUCAUGGUAUUGGAGGGACUGAGCCUGAAGCAUCAGUUGUGGCACAGAUUGAUAUGGAUAUUCGACGGACCUUGACAGAUAAUGUUUUCUUCCGUAAAGGUCCCGGUGUCGCAAAACUGAAGGAAGUUCUUUUGGCGUACUCGCGUCGCAAUGUUGAAGUUGGUUAUUGCCAGGGCAUGAAUCUCAUUGCCGCAUCCCUUUUGCUCAUCAUGCCUACAGCCGAAGAUGCCUUUUGGAUCUUGGUGUCAAUGAUUGAAAUCAUUUUGCCCCAGCACUACUAUGAUCAUGGUCUCCUGGCAUCUCGCGCCGACCAGGUCGUGUUGCGGCAGUAUAUCUCCGCACUUCUCCCAAACCUGUCAGCUCACCUGGAUGAUUUGGGCAUUGAAUUGGAGGCUCUCACUUUCCAAUGGUUUCUGUCUGUUUUUACCGACUGCCUUUCUGCGGAAGCCCUGUAUCGUGUCUGGGACGUGGUUCUGUGCUUGAAUGUGACGAGCACUGCCGUUCCUAAUGGCUCUGCAUCAUUGCAUGUCAAAGAAGGGAGCGACAAGGCUACUCCAUUACCCGAGGACCUUGAGUCUGGUAGUGGAGGAGGCAGUACAUUCCUGUUUCAGGUGGCUUUAGCCCUCUUGAAACUCAAUGAACCUCAAUUGCUCACCACUUGCUCGACACCUGCCGCCCUUUACACCUACAUCAAUCACCAAAUGACCAAUCACGCGAUCAGCAUCGAUGGCUUGAUUCAGGCCAGCGAGGCAUUGCGCAACAUGGUUCGUCGGGAAGACGUCGUUACCCGCCGUGCGGUUGCUCUACGGGAGAUGCGGGAGUUCAACAACGCCUGA